AGUUUUAUCUGAUCUAAAGUUAAAGUUUGUGGGUUGCACAAUCCUUUGUUUGCCCCCUGUUGAUGGAUUGGUUCCUGCUUUCCUGAGUUUUUAAUGGAAACAAUUAUAUCAUAUAAGAAACUAUCUCGCUUGUUUCUAGUCCCUGGCAUCAUAUAUGGAAAAAUGCAGCCAUCAUCAAAUUGUCUGCCACAGUGUGGCCUUUAAAGGAGAAUGUAGGGAAGACAGCUCUCAAGUGUGUGUUUUAAAGCUGGAAUGAUGUGGGGGGGGGAUAGGGGGAAGGGGGUUCUCAGCUCAUGUUCCAACUGCUGAAGAGUAUUUACCAAUGUUCAUGAAUAAAGUCAUAGUUCCCUCUGAAAUGUAUAAAUUUUUUAGGCCAUUUAGUUUUGUAUUACUAAAUUCAGCAUGAUCAUAGGGAAAUGCUAUCUAACAUAUUCUAAAUUCUGAAUUAAGAAACCCCACUAGUACCUGUGAGGUUGUCAUCUUGAAACAGAUUGUCAACUGUUUUUUAAACAGCUUGAAAAGCUUGCCAUGUUAGAAACAGAGAAACCAUCACUCAGAGAGGAGCAGGAUUUGAGAGACUAAAGAUCAACAUGAUGCUGAGCACUCAACUUUGGUUCUGAGCACCUGCCUUUCCAACCCAUAGGUGUGAGCUGUAGCAUGUUUUGUUUCGCCUGAUGGAUAAAAUCAGUGAACAGUUGUAUUUGAAAUGAAUUUUCAAAUUGAAAGCUAAUUUCUAGCCAUUCAAAUUACUUGAGGCAAGGGGAUUCUGGCCUGAACCCUCUUGAUCUGUGAAGUCCUCUAUGAGAGCUGCUCUCUACUACAAAUAUGCAUGCCUGUUUCAAAGUUCUGAUUUGCUUUGUCCUGUGCUAGUUUGUUGUCUCAUUAUCUCUAGAGGUCUUAAGCUGGAGAUGCUUCCCAUUUCAAGGCAAAAGUCAGUACUAACGCCUGUAUUAGUUACUGUCAUACUGAUGCAACCAAAUACCUGACAAGAAGAAACUUAAGGGAGAAGAUGUUUAUUCUGGCUCUCGGUUUGGAAGAGGAUACCAUGCAUCAUGGCAGGAAAAGCAUGAAACAGCUGUUUGCUCACAUCUGGGCUGGUUAGGAGCAGUGGGGAGGCAUGAAAUGGCUGAUGCAGGGCUCUGUGAGGGAAUCAUUCUUAUGUAGCUGCCACAUGACAGAACCACAACUACUACUGCCUUCUUUGGGGGUAUUAAAUAUUAUAAAUAUUGUAUGUGUUACAUGUGUGGGCUACAUCCAAUUUUCAUGUUAAUAUUGUUUCUUAGUGUGCUCAUCACAUUUAGAGCCUCUGAAAAGUUGUUUCUAGCUGAGGGAGGGAGAGAGAGAGAGAAAGAGAGAGAGAGAGAGCAAACACAUACCAGAAGAAAAGCGCCACUUACAGUGUGACCCAAGAUGAUGUCCCAGUUCAUGUUAAAAACAGAAUGAUGUGCCAAGCACUGUAAGGUGGCCUAAAUAAGGAGAUGGUUCGGUUUGGAAGUAGUGAGGACUCUGACAUGAGUGGGUGGAGCCCAAAAAUCUCAUGGCCACCCAAAUCCUUUCAACUACAAAUUCUGACUCCACAGCAACACUCCUGACACCUAGGAAGGAGAUGGAAAUUUGAAGAUACAAAAAUAGAGGGAGGAUAGAGGCUAAUCUUGGCACUGUAUGGGAGAAAUUCAAUAUGUUUCAAUAUCUACAGGUUUUUAUCCAACUGUGAACACAAUGCUAUAAUUUGAAGUGGAAGAAAUGGCCAACAGUCCGUUCGUUCUUCUCAAGUCUUGUUUAAAACGUGGCUUUAGACUAAGGCCCCCUUUCCAUGAGCAACACUUGGCCAGUCACAGUGGCACAUAUACUGACUUUACUGUUUUCACUUUGCUCUAAGUCCCAGCUACACCACAUCUGCAUUCCUAAGGUAGUCUGGAAAGUCUAUGACCUGAAUGUGACCUGGGCAAAACAUCACAGCACUUCACACCUGGAAUGAAAGAUCAAUUGUGUAUGUGUGUCUGUUAUGGGCUGAAGGGGGUUAGGCUCUCCAUGGAUCUGUUUAUAAGUAUAUUUUGUACACACUGGACUUAUUUAGGCCUGAUCCUGUGGUAAAAUAGCAGGAAUAUAAAACAUUUACUCAACAAGAGACAUGAGCUCUUGGACUUGCUGUAGAAUCUAUUAGUUUUCUGGAGUUAUUUUGUUUUCUCCAGAGAGGCAGAAGAAGUCCAUUUUAAGUGCCUGGCUCACCUGGAAAGCCCUCAUAACUGUGGGUCAUGACUGUAUAAGGCAGGCUGGAAGUAGCUGGUCCUCUUAGAGCUCAUGUCUAGAUGGGCCAGGGCUGUUAGCAAGGCAGAGGGGGCCCCAGAGAAAGUCACGUCAAUAAGAUGAGACAAGGUCACAUUGGAAGAGGACCAGUACCACCAACUCUCCACUCUAGCCCUUGGCGUGCCCUGAGAAACUUACACUCAGCUUUCUCCCUUCCUCCACCUCCUAGAAUGCUUUGUCAAACUGUAGCCUGCAGCGUCUCCUUUGAUCUUCUGUGUACUGAAUAUAGAUCAUGAUAGAGGCUGAAAGCAAAUUUAUAUAUUGCAUAUGGCAAAAGGAUAAGCAACAGAGGAAGUGCCUCCCUGUAACGCCUCCCCUAUAUAAUGAAAAUGGUGCCCGCAACAAUUUUCAGUGGAUUUUCUCAUUCUCUGCUGAUAUAUGGGUGACUUCCUUCCUAUAAGCCUGAGGUUUUAAAUCUUUUCUAAAUGUACAUACUCAACUGCUGCGCAGCCAUAUCAGCUGGGGACACACAUGAGCAAACCAGUUUCCGGUCACAGUAAACUAUUGUCUCUAAAUCUGUUCUUUCUCCUGUUUCAUACACUGAUGAAUGGCGGUCUCUCAUCCAAACCAGGUCUCUCCUCCCCACUCACUCUUUAAAUAAAACCACACACUUCCAGUGUUUUUUGCUUCUUAAACAUCUUAGUCCUGUUGUUUCUUCCAACCCCACUACUACCUGUGUCCCUUUAGAGCUCAUAUGUUUUUAGUUUUCAUGCUACAAAAAUAUCCUAUCAGUGACCCAUCCUCUUACUCCUCCUUGAGGUUGUGUAGCUGCCAAGUGGUCUUUCUAAUGUGCUUUCAUGAUGAGGCUCAACAUAUUCAGAAAAGCACUGUGAUGUGGUGUCACUGAACAAAGCAACUGGCAACCUUGGUGUUUCUGUGCUGCUCCCUCAGCAGAGAAAACCCUUUCAGCGUCUGCCUGAUAAACUCCUAUGCAUUCUUCAGUAUCCUGUGAAUCCUGGCCAUUUUAUGAGGAUGUCAAGAUCCAUUUGCACAGUCUGCCCUUUUGAGGUACCCACCUGAUGAUGCAUUACCAUCCUCCAUCACAUGAUGAGUUCUAAUGACAAGUGAAUGCUGGGCUGUCCACUUUGCUCCUCUGUAAACUCAGUGGGAAUGAUCAGCUCUGAUGCACUUACACAGUGGCCAGCCACUUGGAAAAUGCUGUCCUUUUUCUAGAGCACAAAAUGUGUAGAGAUUAACUUACUCCACACUGGAAGUUGCUAUGCAGGUUUAGCCAAAAGGUUAGUUCUAUACACAGUGGGUCAGUUUCUCCAGAUGUCCUUCUGCAUGGUAUUUGAAAAGGUGGAGCCACCUUUAUCUCUGAUUAAAUUAUUGAGAGCAGUGAGCCAGGCAUUUGCACACACACUGGGAGACUACCUUAACUUACUGUGUGAUCUGAGGAGGAGCUUUAUCUAGCUCAGCAGGGCUCCUAAGGACCCUGGUGAGGCACCUGAUUGAGAACAGCUAUCCUAAACAUCAGAAUUCAAGACACAGGGAAACAAGAAGAGCUCUUGAGCAGAAAGGCAGGGGCAGUGACAGCACAUGAGAUGCCAGAGCAUUCAUGUUUGUCUCAUUGACUUUUCAGUCUACCAAGUAAGUCCUUCCAGAUUCGACUCUGCUCAAGACAUCCUUUAUUCCAUGUAAAGUUAUUUUAGACCUGCAGUUAUGAAUCUGUUACAGUACAUGAUGAAGUAAACAAUGAUGCAUCCUCUAUGUGCACACAGGCACCUGUACCUGCACCCUAUCCACUCCCUACAAACACAGUGAUGUAUCCUUCAUGCACACAUGUGCAUGUAUACCCUUCAUCUACACAUGUUCACACGAGUAUGUAUCCUGAUGGUUCUCAACCUGUGGGCCAUGACCCCUUCAUCAAACCUCUGUCUCCAAAAAUAUUUACAUCACAAUUCACAACAGUAGCACAUUCACACUAGCUAUGAAUUUUAUGGUUUUUGUCACCACAACAUGAGGAACUGUAUUAAAGGAUUGCUGCAUUAGGAAGAUUGACAAUCACUGAUAUAUACACAUACCACCCCCAUAAUACAUCUUCCAUGCAUACUCAUGCAUACAUACCUAAACAUAUACCUGCAAAUACACACAUGCAAACACACAUGUUUGAGUGCACACACACACUCAAACACACACUCACACAUGCACACACAUUCACCUAUGCAUACACGUGUGCAUCCUCCACAAGUCUCUUCUCAAUAUUCACUGGGAGAGUCCUCCUUUUUGUACCAUCAUGAUGCUGAAGUGACAAGGUCACAACUCUCAGAUAACUGAGCCUACACCCCAUCUCUCCUAACAGAGCUUUCUCCGCAGCAUAGCUGCUGCUUUGAGUGCAAGGCUGCACUCAACUUUAUUAUACCUUAAAUAUGUAACUGAAAUGUCAUGCUCCUCAUGUGAAUGAAUAGUUCUUGCAACAUUUAUCUUUGUGCGGUAACUGCACAGAGCAGGGAGUUAGCGCUUCUGUUUUAAACUCAAGAAAUUGUAACACUUGUUUACAUGGUAUGAAAAAGGAGAGGCAAUUAUGGAAAUGGAGAGUCAGGCUUCUGUUUUUCCUUUCUGAUAUUUUGUAACCAUUUCCCAAGCCACACCAGCUUGAUCGGAAUUUUAAAGAAAUACGUGUUUAAAUAUGUGAGUCUAUUUAACUCCAACAAUCCCAGAAGAUAUUUACUAUACUCUGUGUCAAAUAUGAAAUUUUCUUUUACUACUACUUGACUUGGGGUGAUGGAUCCCAGUCUAGCCGGGGCAUCAUUCACAGCUUUCCUUUGAAACAUCUCCCAGUCACUUUGCUAUUUUAUAAUCCUAGGUUAAGCUCUGAAAGCUCAAGACAUGACUACACACAAGAAGGAUUUGUGUAACCGUCUCUCUAUAGGCAGAGACCAACCUUACAGAGUGGGAAAUACCAAGAACUUAAGCAGAAGCAGUGGUCUCUUCCAUGACAGUCACCUCUGCAUUAACUGCUUUCCCUAGAAAAGAGGAAGAGACCAGGUAGCCCAUUAAGGCUACUUCAGUAAAAGUUCCACCCUCUCCCUGAAGAUUUGCAGAGUCUGCACCAAUUUCCAAGGACAUGAUUUACCCUGUCCCCUCAGGUGUGUGUGAUUGCUUGAAAGCUAAUAUUCCUGCUCACCUCUCCCUGGAGCAGGGUAAAUCUCUAACCUGCUCACCAUCUAGACAUUUCUUGAUCAUUGUUCUGAUGGGUGUUGGAAGUAGGCUUUUCUUUCUGUUUUGUUUUGUUUUGUUUUGUUUUGUUUUGUUUUGUUUUGUUUUGUUUUGUUUUGUUUUGUUUUGUUUUGUUUGUUUUGCUUUGCUUUGCUUUGUUUUGUUUUGUUUUGUUCGAGACAGGGUUUCUCUGUGUAGUCCUGGCUGUCCUGGAACUCACUCUGUAGACCAGGCUGUUCUUGAACUCAGAAAUCCACCUGCCUCUGCCUCCCAAGUGCUGGGGUUAAAGGCGUGCGCCACCACUGCCUAACCAAGUGGACUUUUCUAUGAGCUAAGCAUUAAUGUACUGUUCAUAUUGUGACUCUGAUCCUAAUAAAUAGUUGAGCAGACAGAAGGGUGGAGAAUGAAAAGAAAACAUUUCUAUUGAUUGGUAGCAUGAGGAAAUACUUUUGUAGAAGAAUUAUUCAUGCAGCAGGUAUGUUCAAAUUAGGGGACAUUAACAGAAUGGCAGUGACUUUUCCACACUCCUCCAGCUUCCAGCUUAGAGGAAUUAAACCUGUGAGGGCACUGAUGUCACCUCAGUUUUUAUUUGUCACACAGCCUAAGUGCCCCAACAAGGAAGCAAGAUCUCCCCAGUGCCAGGAUAAAACUGCAAAAAGGAGGUGAUAUCUAAGAACUAGCCCAUCCAUUAUGGUGUUAGACAACUUUGUUAAGGGACUUGACUGUGAGAGUUGGUCUCUGCAGCAUUUUGGAACAGUACAAGGGAAGAUGGAACCUAAAUCCUUACCAGCUUCUUGUCUCAGGCCUGAGUCCGCAUCACAAUUCACCUGCAUGUGGAAUAUUAUACAACUAUUAAAGGUGGCAUACAGUACAGGAAGGUGACUCCGUGGGUAAAGUGCUUACCAUACAAUCAUGAGGACUUACUUGCUGGUCUUGGGAACCUACAUAAAGCCAGACAUGGCAAUGUGCAUCUGUAAGGAAAAAAAAAUAGGAAAACAAAAUGAAAAUAUUUUAAAAGAGAACUAAAGCCAGGCAAUGGUGGUGAAUACAUUUAACCCCGGCACUCAGAAAGUAGAAGCAGGCAGAUCUCUGAAUUCAUGGCCAGCCUGGUCUACAGAGUGAGUUCCAGGACAGCCAGGGCUAUUACACAGAGGAACCAUGGAGAGAUUGGGGUGGAUAGGAGAGAGAAAGGGGGUGGUAGGGAGGGAGAAGAGAGAGAGGAAGAGAGGGGGAGGAGAGAGAGAAAUAAAUAAAAAUACCAAGAAAUUCUGAAUCAAAGAAAAAGAGUAGGAAGGUAAGAUGAUUCUAUCCUACAAUGAAACCAAAUUAUACCUGGUAAAAAUGAAAACCUGAGGACUUGACUCUGACAACAUUUCAAAAAAAUUUAGUAGACAAAAAUAACACACGAGGUCUCAUAUAGCUCAGGGUGGCUUGGUAUUCCUGGAGCUGAGCAUGACACUGGAUUUUUCUGUCUCAAGCUCCUGUGUGCUGGGGUUAAAAGCAUAUGGCCCCAGCCCUGCUUAGAUGAAAUAUUUUAACCUCCAUAGUGUGACAAAAAAAAAACAACCAAAAAACAAAAACAAAACAAAACAAAACAAACAGAAAAGCAAGUGUCUUCCUCUUGUCACAGAUUUGAUAUGAACUCUGUGCCAUUGCUACGUAACAAAUGUCCUGAAAGUUAGCUUAUGUCAGACUCAUGAGGUCACCCACACUCUGCAAGAGAAAGAGUCUCACAGCAGUCAUUUGCCUUGUUACCUAGUUUGUACAGGGCAUAAACUGGCUUCCAGGCUAGCCUCACUCCAGAAUUUACUUCACUGUUUUCUAUUAGUCAUAUGGAAAACCCUUCAAGAGAAAGGAAAAACAAAAUGAAAGGAAGCAAGGGAAAGAAAGAAUGGAAAGAAGCUCUCACUAAACUUAGCCAUUUCUUUGAACAAGUGAAAGAAAAUUGAUCUCAUUUAAAUGAAAUCACUGUUUGGGGCUAGGGAUAGAGUUCAAGAAAUAUGGUCUCUCUUAAUAUAAUUUAACUAUUUAGUUAUAUUUUCAAAAAUAAAUAUGGUAUUCUUCCCAAACAUUUGACAGUGGGAUACCAAUAAGUGGGGAGAUUCAAGGCCACAAAAGAAAGACAGCUUGUGCUGAUUUUUAGACUCAGGUCCAACUGUUUUAUUGCUGGGCUAAGAAUACCACACUUUCUCUGUGCAUGGGAUGCCCCUUCCCAUUGUGACUGUCCCCUUGUUUCCAUAGCAACAGCUGUUCAUGUGAUCAGCUUUCCACAGAAAGUUUCUUCAUUGAGGGAGUCAAGGAAAAGAAAUAACAAAUAAACCCGAGCCAUGUAUCCCACAGUAAGGGACGGAAGAAGUAUUUGCUGAACCAAAGAGCAAAAUAGAAAUGGUCUCACUGCAACGGAAUGCUGGGCAGAUGUGUGCUAACAUUUGCACGUGCAACCAUCUCCAGGGGUGAGAGCAAACUGUGGAAAAACAGAAAGGUAGAGGGCUGUCCUGACUUCACUUUAGUCCCUGAUUACAGUGCAAAGACAGGCAUCCGAGCUGAAGGUUUAAACAGCUUCCCUGUGCGGCUUUGAGAAGUCCGAGGGUCAGAGUACUGUUAAGUAAAAGUCUGUUUUGGAGCAAACCUGCAGCGCUGCAUUCCAGGUCCCCAAAAGGCAUGGGGCCCGCGCACUGGUGUGUGUGUGUGUGUGUGUGUGUGUGUGUGUGUGUGUGUGUGUGUGUGUGUGUGUGUGUGAAAUCAUUUUAAGGACAAAUGCUGGUGUUUGCUGAUUUCCAGAGCCUCCUUGUGUUUCUAGCUUUUGCAAACUCUCAUGGUCAAGUCCAUGGUCUCUGACUCUGAGGCCUGAUGCUGACAUUUUCCUUGGAAGAUGUUUAAACGCUGACUGUUGUUGUUUGGUUUUUCAGAUCAUAAUCUGGCACACUUUCUUAAAAUUUUAAGGUUCUGGCAGUUGACCAAAUAAAAUUUGAAAGCUGUGUGAAAAUUCUGACCAGGGUAAGGCCAGAUCUUGCAAAAUGACAAGAAUAUUAUGUCCAGCUGUGCCAGCCAAUGGGUUUAAUAAUACAAGUCAAACAGAAUUGAACACUUUCAGAGGCAUCAAUCUGCCUCUGAAAGUGUCUAGACAAGGUCCCCAGUUGAACAUAGCUUUCUCCCUGUCUGUCUUACACCUAUGUCUAGAGUCAUAGGUGUGACUAAAAACCAUGGUAUGUAAUGCAAAGUUUCUGAGAUACAGGGCACUCAGACACUGUGAAAUGGACAUACGAAAUGGACACAUUUUUUAAUUCAUUUGUUUUUCUGCUUACAUUUGAGAUUGAUUCUUCCUGAAUAGCCUAGACUGGUUUGACUCACAGCCUUCUCUCCUCUGCCUCCAAAGCUCUGACAUUACAGGCUUAGAACACCAUUCUUGAUUUAGACACAUGUAUAUCUAUCAAACAAAAAUCUCUAUUCUUGUGUCACUUGAGUCUUGUGAGAAAAACAAAAAAUAAAAAUAAAGAUCACAGAAUGUCAUCCAGGAAGAAGAGCCAGCUAGUCAGUUAGGGAAGGGUCUUUGUGAAAGAGGAGGGCCUUUAGAGCCCACUGAGAAGGAAUAUUUGAUCUUGAACUUGAGGGAGGUAAGGAAGGGUGGCCAACAAAAAGGAGAGAAAGAUAACCCAGCAGGCUGAGCAGAGUGUAAAGCUUUGAGACAGAGUUCUUGGAAUAUUCUAGAACCAAAGUGGAUCCUAUAGUUCUACCUUUGCUCUUUAUUCUGAAUGUAGCCCAGGGUUGAUUUAACCAGGAAAGUGGCAUCUGCUGGCUGAAGGAUCAGAUGAACUUUCUAGCCAUUGUUAGAAAUGACUGAAGAGGAGAAAAGACGGGGCAGCUGUGGCACAUCAUGGAUAAGAAGUGGUGGAUCCUAGAACAUGGUGGGUGGUUUGUUAGACUAGGGGGUAACUUAGAAACAACAAUGACUUUAAUGGAUAGGAUAUGAGGCUUUAAAACAGAGACUAAUAGACUCCACAUCUGCACUAGAACAACUAAAAAAACUAGGCUGUCCUUUCCUAAGAAAGAGGAGGAACUGGAAGGAAGAGCAGGGGUUCAGGGUUGGCCAUGGUAGGCCUGGGACAUCUAAGAGAAGCUGAUGGUAUUUGUGUGUCUGGAAGUCAGAGGCUGUGGCUAGUUCACAGGGAAAUCUGUCAGUCAACAAUGUCUAGAGUCAUAGGUGUGACUAAAAACCAUGGUAUGUAAUGCAAAGUUUCUGAGAUACAGGGCACUCAACAUUUAGAGAUUUAAAAAAAAAAGCUGACAGAGAGGAACCACCCCAAAAGAGACUUAGUAGGAACAGCAAGCACAAAUAAGGUUGUAAUGGAAGUUGAGCCCAGCACACAUUUCAAGGAAACAUGAAGAAAAUGAAGACAUUGGGUUGAUUGUUUACUGGGAAUGCCAGAUGUAGUCAAAGGAGAUAGUUAGGCUUGGUCCCUUCAGUAACCAUUGUACUAGAACUUUCCCCAGAAUAGGCCAUAUCACAGCCCUUGAGGCUGGACAGGGAGCUAAAGCAGAUGCCUAGACAGAAAGUGACAAGACUCACAGGAAUGGUGAGGAUCUUUGGUGUAGUCACAGAUCCAGGCUGUAAAGACUUGAAAGGAAGUCUGAUCUGUUUCACCUGCUGUGAAAGUCCCAGUACAAAGACAUCUGGCAGUGAUUUCACAAUUGUCUUUUUUUCUUUUUAAGUACUUUCGAAUCUCUGGAGCAACUGACAGGGGGGGGGGCAGAGACACCCCGGGGAGCUGCACAAGCGUGAAGACCUGGGUUCAAAUCCCCAGUGUCAUGUCCACAAAAAUGCUAGGUGGUUGUGGCAUUAUGCCUGAUUUCAGAGCUUAGAAGAUGUAAGACAGACAGGGAGAAAGCUAUGUUCAACUGGGGACCUUGCCUCAGUGAUAAGGCAGAGAGUGAUGGAAGAAAUAUCAUGUCCAUCUCAGAUCCCCCAUGUGCACACACACUCACAGAUAUGCUUGUGCACGCAUGCAUGCAUACCCACAGACAUGCAAAGUAAGCAAGACAAAGAAUGUAUCAUUGCUGUGGUCCAUGAAACACACUGUGAUGUCAACUUUCCAAGAUACUCUCCAGUGUCUGACUGUUUAUCCAGUCCAAAUGCAUUUGCACUCAAAUCAAGCUCAAUUUGCAGACACACUCUUCCCUCCUCAAGUGUCUGAAUUUUCAAAAGUUUGUUUCUUGGAACCCUGCAGGUAGAAAGUAUGUUCACCUCCUUUCAAAGUUGCAGUGCUGUGCUGGUGGGGGAGGAGGGAAAGUUAAAUGAGACACCCACACCCCAUCAAAAAACACAGUGGCAUCCUGGAUCCUAGAGCACAGAGAGGGCCCCUGCUGACAGUCACCACCUUCUUCCUAGAGUCGCCAUGGAAUCCCAACUCAAAUUGAUUCACCAGAUGCCUCUUCGUGUAGGAAAAACUGUCACGUUGUUCUAGGCAGCCUAAGAGAACAACACGGGGGUGGGCUGAGUGGGCCAGCGCAGAGGCUGAAAUGUGUAAAGGACAGCCCCACCUCCAGUGCAUCUUCUCCAGAGACUGAGCUUACCUCCCACCACAUUAAGAGGCAAUCCCUCCAUAACUAGAAUCAGCUUUCCAUCCCAGCCUAAGGUGAGACUAGAUCAAGCCAGUCACAGGAUAAUGGCGCCACUGAAGCUGAGCAGUCCUCUGAGUCCCUGCCAUGUGUGACCCUACUGAGGUUUCUACUUUUGGGCAGCACCAGCCAGCUAAUAGCAGCCUCAAAUAUGAAGGGAAGUCAGCCUUAUGUGUGUUUGGCAGAAGGUAAUUGCAUUUCACUUGUUUAAGUUUUACUUUUUGGUUGCUUUGGGGAUACUAAAGAGAGAUUGCCUUCCUUUCCCACCCCCCACCCCCGGCUCAGACCUCUAUACUCCUACUUAAAAGCUGAGCAAUUUCACAUUGUUGAAAUGGAUAGGCUGAGCUUGUAUUGGCUGAAUUAAGCAUGUAUAAUCAUAUAUUUCCUCUCUUUUGUUUGUUGGUGAUUCAAUUUUAAUGUGAGGCAGAAAUUUCAUUUAUUGGAGACAUGAUUUUCCUAUUGUCUUAGGGUUCUCUAAACUGCAGCUCAUCUCCAUUCAAGAGUUUCCCCUCUGAAGUCCUCAGCAACGAGCAAACUCCAAGCCCUGUUUCCACCAAACCACAUAUUUCUUAUAGAGGUCCAGUAGCUGGUGCAUUUGCUGAGGAAUGGGCCAUCUCUUGCCAUGUUCUGUACACUUGUGAAAUUAUGCAGGCGAACCAACCCUGCCACAAGCCUGGGGCACAGCCUUUCAUCCAGGUCCCAACAGUCAUCAGGCUUGUCACUAAGCCAAUCUGCAAUCAGGUGCAUUAGUGUUUGGAACGUGUAGAAGGUUUUCAGGUAUGGUCAAUAGGAACAUAGGCAUUCUGCAGAUGUCCAGCUUAGCCCUGGCAAGAGGGUCUUCAUUAGUUGCAUGGGCUCUGGUCCUCAUGCAUCUUUGUAUCUUGCUCUCUCUGUGCCUGCUUAAGCUCCAUGUAGUUCAUCCUUGGUUUAUUUGGUCAUUCACUUGAAAGUUUAAGCCCCUGCCAGGAGUCGUUUAUAAGGAGAUACUUGGCUUCUUUUCCAUUCCAUUUUCUGAGUGGCCCAACUUUCCUCUGUGAAGUAAGCGGCAGAUAUCAUUGUGCAGUAAGCAUGCGGCUCUAGCAUUACUUGGCCUAUUCUGUAGCUUGUCAGUUCUAAAGCUGUCUCUGUGUGUCAUGAGCCCUCUUGAUGAUAGGUUUAAGAGUAGACAGGAGUUAAGGUCUGCCUCGCAAGAAAGAUCUAAGUUUGAUCCCAGAACCCUGAGUUUAAAAGUACUGACAAUUAGGUAGGGUGUGAACUUGCAAUCCCUGUACUGGAAAGGAGAGAGCACAGAGAUGCUGGGGUCACUGUCCUUCCAGUCUAGCCUAGUCAGUAAGCUCCAGACUGAGAGACAUUGGCUCAAAAUAAGGCAGAUGGCAACUGAGUUCCAUACAACCCCUGAAGCUGUUCUCUAACCACAUGCACACACACCACUGAGAAAGAGAAAGAACAUAGUUAUGUAACAAUUUGAAUUUCUUAGGGUUAGUGUAACAGCAUAAAUAUUGAAUCCUGGCCCUUUGCCAACCACUUGAAAAGAAGACAGGGGUAGAAAAGGGCCUGUCUCUGCAAACUCCUCUCCUAAAAGAACACAGUCCGUCUAAAGAUGAAAAUAGGAAUUUUUAGCAUACAGAGUACUGGAAGACCAAAUUGUUGCUUCCUGUAGCAGAAAUAUUAAUGGAGUAUGAUGUCUACUUUUGCAAAUGUUGAAAGUGAUAAUUUGUAACAAUAUCACACUUUUCUGCACAGUCAGUGGUCCGUUGCCACAAUCCCUACUGUAUUUUACUGGCUAGUAUAAUUUGUGAUUCUUAUUUUGUGGACUGUUGUUUAUAAGCUAUGAAUUGAAACUACUAGUGUAGAAUGGAUGAGAAGGGAUUCUGAGAUGGCUAAAAUAAGCUAAGAGAAGCACAACUUGUACUGUGUGCAGGAGACGGUCAGGAAUAGAACCCAUUUCUUUGAGUGGGUGACAAAAAAACAGGGCAUGUUAACAACCAGGAGUAACUGAGUUCAGCCAUAAAGUGUACUUGUGCACACUGUUGCUGAUUGGAUUAAAAUGGGUUCUUUCUGCCCCAGUGUGCAUUCAGGCCAGUGGUAGGUAUUGGUUUGAAGAGCUUUCUGUUUCUGGCAGCAUGCAAGAGUCAGAUUUCCCAGCUGCUGAGCGGCCGAGUUGGGGUCUUGUAAAAGAUGAUCUGAGAGGUCCCACACUUGCUAACUAAUUCUAUUGCAGCCUGCAGCAGCUUUCUCUGUGAGGGAGUUUUACAAGUAAGCUCUGCCCUGGGCUAAGACCCCAUGAGGCCUUAGCCCACUGGUGAACAUGGGCUGCUGUAAGCAAAUGGCACCCAAGAACCCAGGCAGGAGACACCCAUGGACCCUCAGCCUCAGUUCAGAUGAUUGGUUUCUUCCUUGAGUUAAUUAUAACUAACACUUAUGGUAGAGAAAUUUCUACAACAUUUUUCAGCUUUUCUUCUGAAAAUCCCCAAGAAGAAGAUAUUUCAAAAUACAAGUGUUACAGAUCUUCUAUGAGAGCACAAAAAGGCUAGAAGAGACUCACGGUUGCACACUAUAUAUUUUUUUAGAGAACAAGAUUACAAAUAUGCAUCCACGUUUCUUGUCUUCAAGUAAGGCGCUCUUUCAGUAGUGCCAACCCCAUGUCACAUGAACUUUUCCAUGCCUGGAGAGCCAGAGUUCAGGUACAAAGGCCAUUUCCCCUGUUCUUAGAGCACACAGGUAAACAGCCAAGCACAUCUCACCUUGUUUUUCUUCCAGAACAUUUCAGCUUUGCCUCUUAGGGAGGAAAUAUCAUCAGCUUGGGGACAGCAAGUUCUGGGGUCCUCAGCCUUUACAACAGACACCUGAUUGCCUUGUAAGGUACUUACCAUGUGUGAUUCAUUUGUAGUUUGAUGCUUUGUGAUGUAUAUGGACAGAUUUUGAUUGAAAAACAUUUGAGAAAUUUUGAACAUAUCAACCUGAUGACACAGCAGUGACUAAGUGCUGGUAAGUUGCUGGAAUUGUAAUGCUGUAACCUUCUUUUGACUCAGUGUGUUUACCCCAGUUUGUUUUAUCUUGCCUUGUAAAUGGCCUUGCUGGCAUGGAAACAUUAAUAAGCGCUGUUGUCCUUUUUCACAGAGCUCACUCCUACUUGCACCAGCCAUAGGCAGUGUAUUCCAGACAUACCAGAAUUAAAUGUAAGAUUUUGGAGAACAUUUUUAUUGACUUGGAAUAAAAGAAAAGUUGUGUAACUCACAAUUAUUAAGAGGAUGAUAGUACGCCUACACACAGGGAAAGUAUACACACACUCAGACGCAAUCAGAGGCAUCCAUUUUGAUGCCACAUCUACGAUGGACAAACUUCUCUUAAACUACUGGGAAGCAGUUUAAAAUAAGACUAGAAUAAUGAUUUCCAUCAAGCUUUUCCAAAAGAGAUUAGCAGAGACAUGUAUGCACAGUAAACAUAAAUCCUUCAGUUUAUUCAAAGAAGACAGGACUAAAAACAGCUGAGUACUGAAAGAAACACAAGGAACCAUGGAAUCAUUGCACUGGCAGCUAGUAUAUCUGAAAGCUUGGUGCUCCUUGAGUAAACCAGAAACAAAGCAUUAGGGCUCCACAGUAAAAAAGCACAUUCUCUUAUUUGAGAUGAUCCAAGUUUGAUUCCAAGCACCCAUGUUGGACAGCUCACAAGCACUUGUAACCCCAGCUCUAGUAAAUUCAACCUCCUCUUCUGGCCUCUGCAGACAUGUGCAAGUCACACAGAAACACACAUAAGUGUAAAAACAGAAAUAAUGAAUGAAUGGAAAAGAGUAAGAUGGCAUUAGACAAACACUGGGGAGAUAGCAUGGUCCAUUAAGCAUUUACCGUGCAAACACAAGGACCCAUGUUCAGUCUCUAGAAUGGACUUUUGAAAGCCAGGCAUGAUGGGUUGUGAUUACAAUCCCAGUGCUUGGAAGAAAGAGACAGGGGGCUCUUGGGGCUUGCUGGUCAGCCAAACUAGCCUACUUGGUAAGCUUCAAGACUGUUAGACCCUGUUACACAAGGUAGAGGACCUGAUGAAAGACACUCAAGAUUCUCCUGUGGUCACUACACACACACACACACACACACACACACACGUACACGUACACACUCACUUACACACAUAAGAGCAUACACACAAAACAUGGAUGAAAAAAAUGGCUUAAAAAUAAAGGCAGAUGACAUCUAAAGGAGAAAAAAAAAGAGACGAAAUCAAAUACUCUUUUCACUUUAAUUUUGCAAAUUUUAUUUAUGCAAUAACUGUAAACCUAACUGAGCUAAGGUUACAUUGAUGUCAGGACAUUGCACAUAACCCUGCACCGAGAGCUAAAGUACGGUACCUAUGCUUGGGCUUUGUCUGUGUUUCCACCUUUCCCCUCUGUGUAAUAUUUAACCUCUCCACAUCUCAGUUCCAUGCUUUUAGCAGAAUGUUUUCCCACAUCAGUGGUGGUUCUCAAACUUAGACUAUCCUAGGAUGCUUGAGGAAAAAUGCAUGUUUCCAAACUCCCAGGCACUGGAUGGGAAACAGGAAGAGGCAAGAACCUGAGAUUAGUAAUGGGCCUGGAAGUAGUCAGUUAAGAUAGCGACUGCCAUUAACUGUAUGAGCUAUAACUACAUCAAACAUAAAUUUUAACAUGUAAAAUUUUCUCAUGGUGACAUAUUAGAAAUUUGACGUAAUAUAUGUUGGUGGAAAAACUUGUGCUGAGGCCCAGGAUGUCCAAAAGCUCCUUUUGUAGCCCAGGCUGACCUCAAAUUCCUUUUGAACCCUUAUGCCUUUUCCCUAAGUGUUGAGAUUACAGGCAUGGAUGGCCACAAUUGAAAACCAAAUGUUUUAGAAUAUAAAGUUCUCGAAAGGGACAACAUACAGCAUAGAUAGGGAGCUGAAAAAUUGUUGAAUCUCAUGUCAUCAACUGGGUGACCCAGAAGAUAUUUUGCUUUUUAAACUUUCAUUAAUUUUAUCUGUAACAAAAGAUUCAAAGAGUUCAGUAUUUUCAAGCAAAUUCAGGUAAGGCGAGCACAGGUCCCUUCGCUUCAUGAAAAAAACAUGUUGGCAUGAACAGUUAAUGAAUACAGCUAUGAAUUUAAGCUAUAUAAUGUGUCUUUUCCUUUUUCUCAAUAAACCACUUGAAACAAUGGAUGCAGUUAUGAUGCUAUGUGUGCUGGAUAUAAACUUUGAAAUAAAUUAUGAAAUUCCCUGACGCUAUAUUGGCUUAACUUUCACGUGGCUAUUCAUUUCUCUCUCUUUCUCUCUCUCUCUCUCUCUCUCUCUCUCUCUCUCUCUCUCUCUCUCUCUCUCGCUCUCUCUUCUUCCUUUUUUCUUUCUUUCUUUCUUUCUGCCUGUCUACCUGUCUUUUAUUUCCUUCCUUCCUUCCUUCCUUCCUUCCUUCCUUCCUUCCUCCCUCCCUCCCUCCCUCCCUUCCUCCCUCCCUCCUUUCCUUCCUUCCUUCCUUCCUUCCUUCCUUCCUUCCUUCCUUCCUUCCGUCCGUAUGCUUUGAGACAGAACCUCAGAACAUGACCCUGUUUGGGCUUGAACUCAAGAUUUAGACCAGGCUGGACUUGAACUUGUGGUAUAAUCCAUGUCUUUGGCUUGCUGGGUGCUACAAUUACAGUUGUGCACCAUGGCACAUGGGCUAUGAAUUUCAGUUUUACUGAGUUUUGCAAAGCUGCCCUCUCCACAAAUAAUGUUUUAAGUAUACUUUUUUGCUGUUGCCAUUGCUUUUUUGACACAGGGUUUCAUACUGUAGUCCAGUCUGUCCUGGAACUCACUAUGUAGCCAAGGCUGAAUCUCAAAUUUAUGUCAACCCUCCUGCCUCAGCCUUCUGAGUAUUGAGACUAUAGCUGUGAGCAACCAUCUCCAGCUAGUAUUUCUCAUUCGAUAUGACACUUCUGAUAAAUUAAUUUUGGAUUUUCUACAAAUAACAGAAUAAGAAUACAAACUAACAAUGAUUGAGGGAUACAGAGGUAGGUCCUUCACCCCACCACAUUCCUGGAGAUAGCUUACUUCUGAUCAUCUAGUGAUUGAGAGUGUUAAGGGUGAUGUCUCUGUCAGUCUCCUGUAACUUAUCUCUUGGUUUCGAACCUCCAGGGAUCACACCAGCAGUCAUGCAGGAGGAAAGGACAAUCUGGGACCCACACAGUUGUUCCUUUUGUUGGGAAAGCACAAAGCUUCCCAGAAGCUUACCCUUCCCCAGGUCUCAUUGACCAAAACUCUGCCACACCCUCAUUCCAUUCGCCAAGGAAGUUGGGGAAAGGUGUCUUGCAGAAGCUUCUGCAAGGGAGAUUAUCAAAGAGGAGGUUAAGAGUGGGUGUGCUGAGACCCAGGACCCUCUAUUGGCACUGCAGAUCUUUUCUGCUAAGAUCCCUCCAGGCUGCUGUUUUGCCCUCCCCUCCCUUCUUCCAACACAGAGUGACUAUAUACCCAGGAGACCAGACAGACCCACAGCGCUGGCUCUUGAGGCAUGAUUGGUCCAUCCCUGAGAUUACAGCCUUUAUUAUUAGACAGGUUCACUCUUCAGUGUCCGUAACCUUUUCUACCUUGCCUGAAUAUGACUGUGGGGCUGGGAAGAUAGCUCAGCAGGUAAUGCAGUUGUCAUUCAAGCAUGAGGAUUGGAGUUUGCUUCCACGAAACCAUGUGAAAACAACUGGGCAGAGGUAGCAGCCACUUAUAACUCAGUAAUGAGAGUCAAAGACAGCUGUAACAACAACAACAAUCUGGAAUUGGUAAACUCUAGGCCUUGCAAGAGACCUUGUCUCAAUAAACAAACUAGAGGACAGUCCAGGAAGACACCUGAUGUCACGUUCAAACCAUGACAAGCACUUGUAUGCAUUGCAAAUGUAUUCUCUGCACACACGUGCGCAUCACACACAGAUGGAGGUGCACACAGAAGUGCACAUGCCUUCAUAUGCCAUUUUUAGCCAGUAACUUUAAAAAAUACAUUUACUUAUUGUUUGAGAGAGGAGGUACGCAUGCCACUGCACUUGUGUGGAGGUCAGAUAGCAACUUGUGAAGGUCAGUUGUCUCCUUCUGCCAUGUGGGUUCUAGGGAUCAAGCUCAGGUUGCCAGGGUUGGCAUUAAGCACACUUACCUACCCAGCCAUCUUACCAGCCCCCGGAUAAUUUAUAUUGAACCCAAAAAGGAUUGAAAAUACCUUGUGUUGACCUUAGACCUGUUAUCCACCAAGACUUUCAGGGAAGGCGAUGUUGAGGUUUCAUGAAGAGGAGUUGAGGCCUUCCACACAGAAACUUGAUUUGAUUACUACUCCCUGACCUGAGAAGGUACGCUGGUGGCUACUGUCAACACAAGGGAAAACUUUCUCCUGGAACUGUCUGUGUGGAAAGACUAUAUGACUCAUGACUGGCCUCUUCAGCCUGGCUUAGCUUGAAGGAGCCUCUGUACUGUGACAUGAAAUGGAUUUGCAAACAGUUGUCUUCAGUAUGCUCACUGGAGAAAAGCAAGAUGCUUCAUAAGUGGGGAACUCUGGACAAAUGACUGCAGCUAAAGACACCACAGGGUGUAAACGCUUCCAGAUGGAGACCAGUUUCCCACCCUACUCCCCACAGUUCUCACUCUAAAACAUUAGGGGGAAGGGCACUUGAGAGAAGAGCUCCUCAGGAUCCUUGGCUCACCUUCCCACCCUAGGAAGGCUAAGCGAGAGUUCAAGGGGUAAACACAGUCAGACAAAUAAUCUCAGUCUAUUUCCUGUAGUCUAUCAACACAUACUCACCAGAAGGCAGGGGAACCAUCUGAGGAAAAGAAGGCUUAGUUGGUGGAACAUCUGAGUGGGCCGUUUUUCUCUUAGGAAAUUACCAAGACUUCAGGUAGCCUUUAGGAGGACCUGAUGGAUAGGGUAGCUACAUGAAGGAGGACCUUCAAGACACAAGUUGAAAAUAGCAGGCAGCAAUUAGUGCACCACAGAGCUGCCUGCUUUGCCUGCUUUGUUUCCCACUUUGGUAAGCUCUGGGAGACGUCCAGGUUUUGAUUUGUUUGAUCUUUAUGCCUACAAAAAACAAACAAACAAACAAAAAUGUCAUCCCUUUUCCCCUCCACCGGACCAGUCCUUGUCUCUUAUAACUCCCUGAACAAAGGGUAGGGGUUUUGCUUGAAGCAAGACCACAUGUAUUUCAACCCAAUAAAUAAAGACAAGAAAUUAAAAUCAGGUAUUUCACAUUGUUCUUUUCUGGCUGGCCCCAUCAGGCCUGGAAUUUUUGCUCUUUUUUUUUUGGCCCCUUGAGUCAUAGGAGAUUUAGCUGGGAUCAAGUCUGUUCGCUUCCCAGACCUCUAAGUUUGACCACUGUAUUCUGUGUCUUGAACGUUUGCUCACAAAAGUUGGGCUAGGCAGUGGUGGCACCAGGGAUGCUGGUUAGCAGAUGAAGGGAAUUCUGUCUUUGGAGAUGUGUACAGCAAAUCACAACUCAGGGCAUGGCAGUGAAGACGCUCGCCUCCUUGCUUCUUUGCCUUGGGCCUCAGAUAACAACAGGAUGUGGCUUCUGAACACAUGCAAGUUCCUUCAAGUGGCCUCUUUCAGUUUCAUUCUGCUUUGGGCACUACAACAUACAAUCCACAGUUUUAAAGUCACCUAUUUUUCUUGCCAUUAAUAUAUUUUUGUUAUAGUUUUAACCAGGUCAGGACCACAUUGUACUCAGGCACCAGAGUCCAUGUCCACAUAUGUUUAGUCAGUACUCUAUACAACUAAAAUGAGACGGUUAUGAAGUAGGCAGAAAAAGUUCUUUUUCUGUAACUAUGAAGAUUGACGGUGUUUCCCUCCGCUGGUGUUUUUCCAGUGUCUGUGCUACUGCUCGUUCUGGUAACCAAUGAUGUUAGCCACCAGGAUCCAAAAGGUAUCAAAAUCCUGGGGAGGAUACAAGAUAAUUAGCUCUAGGCGCAGGCUCAGGUAGAGAGAUGACUUUGGUCAGAAACAGGCGUGAGCGCCACGGGAGCAGGAAGAACUGGACUGCAAUUUUGCUCUUUCUGUAGCGUCUUUUUCUCUUCCUCUCCCCUCCGUCCUCCCCUGCUCCUUUGUCUGUCUCUUGCUGCUCAUCUAGUGUGCAUCACCUUCUGCCUCUUCAUUUCCUCCUUGCCUACACUUCCAGAACCCCAGGACAUAGCAUGAAAAGGGAACCAGACAGCCAUCCAGCUUGUGGACAGAGGAAUGCUCUAGAAUUUUUUAAAUUUCAGGUUUAGGAGCUGAAGAGGUUGGGGGCUCAGAGUGCUUGCUGUUCUUGCAGAGCACUGGAGUUCCAUCAGACAAUCUUACAAGUACCCAAACCCCAGCUCCAGUGAAUUGGAUGUCCUCUUCUGGCCUCCCAAACCACCCGUAAGCAUGAGUGGAAGCAUAUCUACACACACACACACACACACACACACACACACAAACUUACAAAUAAUCUUUAAAUAAUUAAGAACAAAUAAAAAUGUUCAGUUUUGCAUAGCCCUUGCACUUACAAAUGAUACAGAGAAUGUUUUCAUUUCAGUUGACACCAACCUAAAAAGCCAAAGGUCCUUUCCUAGUAUUUCCUCAUAACAAAGAAUUUCCUAGAUGGUAGACACUGUUGUUAAGCUGACUGAACAAAUACCUUGAAAGAGAAGUCAUUCCACAUCGAACAUCCAAGAUUCCAUUCAGCGCAUAUUUGCUGAAUGCCCAAUCGACACCUGCAUCUUGUUUAUUCACAGAAAAUGCACAGUGGGUUCGAAUUGUGAGCCUGAACGGUGCUUAGCAGUGAGAUCCCAAGAGGUCGCCAGAUUCCUAUUGAAGAACCUGCUGCCUACUGAAGGAGAAAGAGUACCAACAGGUCACGCUCAGCUGGACGUGGUGGACGUGGUGGUACAGGCUUUUAAUCCCAGUGCUCAGGAGGCAGAGGCAGGUGGACCUGUUAGUUCUGGUCUACAUAGCAAGUUCCAGGCCAGCAAAAGCUACAUAAUGGGACCCUGUCUCAGCAAAACAAAGAUUAACUUUGGGAUGCUAGGGGAAGUUUCCCAGUUGUAGAGAGCUGUGAUAUUAAACAGUGAUACAAGCCAGUGUCUCUCCCUUAAGGGAAUAGAAGGCCUCCUGGAAAUUUGGCAUGAAAACAAAGUUUGUGUAAAUCCCAAGGUUUUUCUACAACUGCACUGCACAAUUGGAAAUGUUUUCCCACAGAAUAACCUUUCAAAAUGCUCAGUGUAUGACCUGGAAUGAGAAAACUGUAUCGUGUCUGUGUUUUGACAACUGGAGUUUACAUUUCCAAGGUAAUACUGCUUCUUUUUUUGCAGUUUUCUUCUUGCUGUUCAUGGUUUUAUUCUUGCAAUAAUUUGCUGAAUCUGAGUUUGACACUACCUUCGGACCAGAAAUAUUCCUUUCUUUCUAUGUGGCAUAUCCUGUCUUCUCAGGUGGCUCUGGGUUCUACUUCCUCUUCCUGGAUAUCUGUUAAGAGAACUGUAGCAGGUAGCCCAGCCAAACAGUGUGUGUUCUCAGCUGAUCUGCUUGGGUGGUCUCAGGUGUUGAAGAGGAUUGAGUUAUACUCAGCAUCAGCUCAGUUCAUUGGUUAGUUUAGAAUAAGGAAUGUCUGCGUGUCUUCUAUUUAAUAAAUAUUUAUUAGCCACCCACCCUGCAUAAUCAGAAUCACAGUCCACAUGCCUGUGGUGACGCCAGGUGACAUGGAAAGACAAGCAUCAAAUACUUGUUUGUAACCAGGAUAAAACUACAGAGGACAAAUACAGGUUUCUGUGAACACAUGUCCAAGGAACCGACUUUGCAUGAUAAGCCACGGUCGGGAACGGCUUCCUUGGAAGUCAUGUCUCAGCUGAGCUUAGAAGGGUAAGCCGAAUGUGUCUUCAGAUGGAAGGCUGAACACAGCCCCUGGGUCUGCAGGGAACAGGAAGUUGUAGGGCAGUUCUGGGCCAGCAGGGCCCCUGCAAAGGCAGCAGAGAAGGAUGAAGGGAAAGUGUAGAAUCUGUGCCUGAGCUCAGGCACCCCAUUACUGACUUGCAGGCCUGGCUUCACAGCUCUAUCAAUUUUUAAAAUGUGUUUUGUUUGUGUUUGCGUGGUCUCCAAAUAGCAGAAAAUCUGUGGAUUAGUAUAUAAGGGGAAAUGUAUCUACACAAAACAAAAGGCCUUAAAUACUGAGAGUGUUAGAACACAUCUCAGAUCAACCCAGGUCCAGCUUCAGCCUAUAUUUUGCCCAUUCCCUAUCCCCCAUUCCCCAUUUCCCAUCCCCCAUUCCCCGUCUGUGGUUUUUCCCUCUUCUCAUCCAGAAAAGGCUGGCCUCAGGCACAGACACCAUUCAGAUAGGAGGAAGAGGGAAAUGUACUGUGCUGGGUCCAUUUUCAGAAACUCUCAGAGUCCCAGGAAUCCUUGGUAACUAUCUUCCUGUUCCUCACUGGCCAGAAUGCAGGCCAAACAAUAAAGGCCUGGAGAGAAGUAGCAGCAAGCGGAGAAGGGCUUCAGGGACACAAAUGACAUUUGAUUCUACUUUACUGUUCCCUCACUCCAGGCAAGGACUCAGCUUUUACAUCCACAAGGGCAAUGGGACGCUGUGGUUCUAAGGGCCUCUACCUCAGAGUUGCUAAGGCAUUACUUAGCCUUCAGUCAAUAGGAUUUCCCACAGGGCACUACAGUCUGGUCAGGAGGGCUGGGUAGUCCAUCCCAUUCUAUCCUUAACACAGUGAGGAGAACAGAGCAGUUUCAGGGAGGCAGCAUGACCACAUCUGUGUUAGACCGAGGCCUCAGUUUAUCCUUUAACACACAUUUCCCAAUUUAUGCAGGAUUUCGGCACAAUGCUGUCUUCGCUCUCGGCUUACUCUUCUUUGUAAUUCUCCUUUGGCAACCUCAAAUGUUUUGAGAUGUGUAAAAUUAGAAUCAAUUGCAGGUGUCUGAGUUCCUUUGAUUUUGACUUUUUAAAGGUUUUUUUUUUUAAACUUGGGGCAACUUAAUGCCAUAACAACAAUUGUCUGAGAACGCACCUAUAGUUUAGGAAGGAAUUAGCCCUACAGAUUUGACUGCACUUAGUGACCUUGUGCCCCUCUACGAAGAGCCAUGGCUCUCUUAGUGUGUCUAAAGGAACCCGUAUGCAUUCCUUAGCUCUCCCCGCCCCCGAGGCCCUUCCACUUCCUUCCUAUAGUUUUUUUUUUAGAAACAAGUGUGUUUUUCUCACGUCCGGCAACAAAGGAUGUUUUGUGCUGCUACUGAAGUUGUGUGUGUGUGUGUGUGUGUGUGUGUGUGUGUGUGUGUGUUACUUCAAAACUCCUUCUAGAAAGUGCUAUCUGAAUCUACAUAGAGUUAGUAGAACUUUAUCUCCAGUGAAAGUCUCUGGUGAUUAUUCUUGUCUCUGUGUGGCGUUGCCACAAGUUAACUUCAAAAUCACUUUCUUGUGGGUUUUGAAGUAAUCUAAUUAUAACCUAAAUUGAAAUUAACUCAGAAUUCCUUCAUAAGUUUUUAUCCCUUAAAAACAGUGUCUAAGAAAUUCUCUCAAUAUAUUGCAUUGAUCCUAACAUUCCUGUUCUGUACGUAUGCUUUUUGGUUUUUGUUUGCUUGUUUAUUUGUAGAAAGACGUUUUUUGUGGCUCAGGCUGGCCUCAGACUUGCUAGGGAUGGCUUUCACCUCUGACCCUCCUGCCUCAUCUGUCUGCCACUGCCAUGCCCACUUUCUAUGCCUUUCAAAGAUUGUCAUGUAUCCCUUGAGUCUCCUGUGUAGUGAACACUAUGGGCAGAGAGAGCCAGGAUGAGCAAACAUAAGUGCUGGUGACAUUCACAGAGGAAAACUGCCCAUCUCAGAACAGCAUCCCAUGUAGCCAUCGGGUACCUCCUGGCAUUACACGUUUCCAUGCCAUUGUAAAUCAGCCAGCAAUGAAACAAGAUGUUGUAAACAAAUCUGUUAGGCAACUGAGAGUUGUACUACAGACCCUGCGGGACGAUUGAUCUUCUCAUUGUCAGACAAUGUAAGUCCUUUAAAACAUAUGCUUAGGAGUUUGUUUGUUUGUUUGUUUGUUUGUUGUUUUUUGUUUUUGUUUUUUUUUUUCUGGAAAAAUAUAUGAGGUCUAUACCCCAGGCUAUCUCUCUCAAUGGACAAAAAACUGGUAUGAAAUGAGCCUUGAAACCUUCAGGAACAUUUUGGGUUUGGUGUCACCUGCUACCUGAAACACGCACCCCGACCCUGCCCAGUCCAAUCAAGAUAUUUGGAAGAGGCAGCCCUUAACUGAGCACUGACUAGCCAUCCCGUUGGCUGUUCCAUAAGCAAAUAACAUUGGAGGUCUUCUACCUGCUUUUAGUAAAUGACAAGCCCUAGAGUCUAGAUAUGGAGACGUCUCCUCUGUGUGGAUUCAUAAUUCCUCUUACACUGGUGGGAAGGAAGGGGGCUUGUAAGCUGAGAUCAAAUUGAUUUCUAAGUUCUUUGACAUUUGGCAUUUUAACUCAGCAUAACUCAGAUGGUUUCCAAUAGUUAUCUUAACAUUGAUUUUUUUUCUUUUUCUUUUUUUCCUCUUAACUCUACAAAUCAAAAGAUUCAGAAAAUCAAAGCCAGCUUUUCUUGAAUUGUCUCAGAAACAAAUGGAAGCUGUGGAGUGGGUGUGGACGAAUUGGUUGGCUCAUUUUACACAUGAUGCAAACUCCAUUUGCAUUCUCUCUUCCAAGUACCCUUGUGCUUCCAAGCAGAGCAACACUGCGAUGCUGCCUGUAGUAGUCUGUAAAAAAUGUUCAGGGCCUAUCAGUUUAGUUGAGGAACUAAGUAAUUAGAAGAGAUUAGAUGUAUUAAUUUUUCACACAUUUAUUUAUUGAUUGAUUGAUUGAUUGUGUGUGUGUGUGUGUGUGUGUGUGUGUGUGUGUGUGUGUGUGUGACAGAGAGACAGAAAUAGGGGGACAGAGAGACCACGCACGCGUGCGCGCGCACCUGCGCUCACCUGGGUGUGUCUGGUUAGGUCAGAGGCUAACUUAUAUGCAUCUUGGGAAUAGAACUUGGGUCUUUGAACUUGACAAUAUACACAAGGAGGCACAGUAAAGGAACUGAUGGGAUGAGCACUCCAUGGUGCCUUUAGGGGGAAGGUUUCUAUUGUGAAUAAUGUUGUAAAUAAGAGAAAAAAAUACCUAAAGAUAUCUGGAAGAGCCCAGAGCAGAGAGGGGGAAAAAAGCAGAUUUGGCCAGAGCUACCUGUUAGAGGAGGGAGAAGAGCAGAGACAGGAAACCGUUGUCAUUGUAAAGGUAUCAGGAAGCAGGAAAGCCUGUGGUAUGAGAAGGCCUACUGUGGAGGUAGGUACUCGUGUGUAGGGACUGAGGGAGCUGGGAGCACUUGGGUUUUGCUACGCAGUCACAGGUGUAUGUCAAUGGAGCCGUAGGUCCCCAAUGGGGAGUGAUUCCAUUUGGCAGGUGGGAGCUGCCAGAUUCAAGUAUAUGGGCCUAUGGAGCUGUUCUUAUUCUAACCACAACACUGGCUUCUAUAUAACCACUGGGAAAUUCUCCUAUAAUCAGCUUAAGCUCAUUUCUGGUUAUAUGGGCUAUUUGAGACCUAACAGACAAAUGUUGUUGCAUGCUGAGCCUUCUCACAGCGCUGGACAGGUUACAAAAGUAUAUGAUGUAGAAACGUGGGUUUUUAUAUCACUAACCUAAACUGAAGCACACCAUAAGCAAGGCAAGCUCGUGCAGAGAUUUGUUAGACAAAUGAUGAUGGUGAUGAUGGUGAUGAUGAUGAUGAAGAUAGUUGCCUUGUGGGUUGGGGAACAUGCAGAAAGUAUGAUUGGCAGAGAACAUGCCAAUGCCAGGCUGCCUGUGUUUCAUUCAGCUGUACUGUCUAUGGCAGCAAUGACCCUGGGAUAGCCUAGUGUGACUGUUGUGUGUGUGUCAGCCUCUCCUUUGCAAGUAGCUGUUACUGAGGAAGGACAAUGUGGCCAAACCAACUGAGAGGUGAUUUCAUUUUGGUUCAUAGUUCCAGAGGACUGGGGUCCAGAAUGGCAGUACAGAUUUCAGCAGGUGGGCUUGGCAGCUGGACCAGGGUGCUGAGAGCUCACAUAUUGGAAACACAAAGCAGAGAACAAACUCAAAAUGGUGUGAGCCUUUAAACUUUCAAACUCCACCUAAAUGACAAACUUCUUCCAUCAAGGGCCUAUCCCUUAAACUUCCUGAAAUAGAACCACUGACUGGAGACUAAGUGUUCAAAACCAGGGCUAUAAGGGACAUUGUCACUCAAUCCACUUUAUUCCUCUCCCUGGUCCUUACAGGUUCAUGGGUGUAUCACAUGAGACAAUGGCCAUGACAUUGGUCCUCCUCUCCUGUCUACUAUGACUUGUAUGUGCAUAAAAAGAGUUAACACAUUGAAGAACCUGGAAACUGUGAGUCACACAAAGUCCUCUGUCCAACUCCAGGGCUCUUUGAAAAGAAAGCAAAUAGUCAACUUGUCUCCUGCCAACAGCAAGAGGCCCAAUGGCUUUGUUGACAGCUCAUUUCUUGACAUCAAAAGGAUCAGAGUUGGGGAGAACCUUUCUACAGGUCAGGGGGGCCUCCCAGUAAAUAAUGGACAAAGUCAAAUGAUGCCAGGGCCCUUGACCAUGAAUCAAGCACCCCUGAGGAAGACUAAUGCUCUACCACCUCCUGCACAUUCCCCUGGCAACAAUUUGUUUAACAUGGGCUUAAAGGAGGUGAAGAAAGAACCUGGGGAGACCCUGUCCUGCAGUAAGCACAUGAGUGACCAAAUGACACAAGAGAGUGUUUUUACUAAUAGGUUUGGAGAUGACCCUGGAGAUCAACUGAUGGACCCUGAGCUACAGGAACUGUUCAAUGAACUAACCAACAUAUCAGUGCCUCCCAUGAGUGACCUGGAGCUGGAGAACAUGAUCAAUGCUACCAUUAAGCAAGAUGACCCGUUUGGCAUUGACUUGGGUCAGCAGAGCCAGAGGAGCACACCUAGACCCUCCCUGCCCAUGGAGAAGAUCAUUAUCAAAAGUGAAUAUUCACCUGGUUUGACACAAGGCACUUCAGGCUCUCCCCAGCUGAGACCCCCAUCAGCUGGCCCUGCAUUUUCCUUGGCUAACUCUGCACUCUCCACUUCAUCCCCAAUUCCCACAAUUCCCCAGAGUCAGCCUCAGCUUCAGACAGUAUCAGGAGCAAACAGGGCCCUGUCAAGCUGGCAAGAAGUAUCCCAUGCUCAACAGCUCAAGCAGAUAGCUGCAAACCGCCAGCAGCAUGCACGGAUGCAGCAGCAGCAACAGCAGCAGCAGCAGCAGCCAUCUCCCAGCUGGCCAGCCUUGCAGUCCUCUGCUGGGCCAUCCCCAGGAGCAUUUGUGCAGGAAAAAAUCCCUAGCCCUUCCUUCAGCCAGCAACCAUUCAGUCCACAGGGAUCCCCCAUGCCUGGGGUGACUGGCAGCAACACCCAGUCUAAAGCAGCGGCCAAUUACACGUACAAGGCCAGCCCCUCAGCCCAGGCUGGACACCUGGAUGUGCUUCUGCAGCAAAAGCCUCAGGAGCUCAAUCGAAGCUUCAUUAAUAACCCACACCCAGCCUUGGAGCCCCGGCAUGGCAAUACCAAGCCUUUGUUCCAUUUUAACUCAGACCAAGCAAACCAGCAGAUGCCUUCUCUUUUGCCUUCCCAGAGCAAACCUUCUCUCUUGCACUAUACCCAGCAGCAGCAGCAGCAGCAGCAGCAGCAGCAGCAGCAGCAACAACAACAACAACAGCAGCAGCAGCAACAGCAGCAGCAACAACAACAACAGCAGCAGCAACAACAACAGCAGCAGCAGCAACAACAACAACAGCAAGGCUCCCUGGCAGCUCAGCAGCAGCAGCAGCAGCCACAGCCACAGAGUUCAUUGGUAGCUCAGCAGCAGCAACAGCAGCAGCAACAGCAGCAGCAGCAGCAAGGUUCAUUGACAGCUCAGCAGCAGCAGCAACAGCAGCAGCAGCAGCAACCAUCGCAACCCACCCAUGCUUUAUCAAGCCAGCCUUUGCUAAGGUCACCCUUACAACUUCAGCAAAAGAUCAUGCUUCAGAAAAUGCAAACUCAGUCCAUCACAGGCCUGGGAUAUCAAGUCACUCAACAGCACAGACAGGAUCAACACACUGUGGUAGGCCAGAACACAGGCCCCAGUCCAAGUCCCAACUCCUGCUCAAAUCCAAACACUGGAAGUGGUUACAUGAACUCCCAGCAGUCCCUGUUGAAUCAGCAGAUGAUGGGGAAGAAACAGACCCUGCAGAGACCAACCAUGGAGCAGAAGCAGCAACUUCUCCUCCAGCAGCAGAUGCUGGCUGAUGCGGAGAAACUUUCCCCUCAGGAUCAGAUGAACAGACAUCUGACAAGGCCGCCCCCAGACUACAAAGACCAAAGAAGAAAUACGGGCACCCUGCAGCCAGCUGCUCAGUAUUCGGGUGGCUCCUCUACAGUGAGUUUAAACUCUAACCAGGCUCUGACAAACCCAGUUUCAACACACACCAUUUUAACUCCAAACUCCAGCCUCAUGUCUACGUCUCAUGGGAUGAGAAUGCCAUUGUUAUCUACAGUUCAGAACAUAGGGAUGUAUGGAAACCUGCCUUGUAACCAGCCUGGCACCUACAACGUCACUUCAACAAUGAACCAGCUGACACAACAGAGAAAUACAACUCAACUGAUAACAAAUCAGAACAACCCUCUGAUGUCUCGGCCAUCUCCCUUAGGGGCAAAUAACGGUAACAAUGUGGCCACCUUUGGAGCUGGAUCUGCUGGCAGUUCACAGCAAUUGAGACCAAAUUUGGCUCACAGUUUGUCAGGCAUGUCAGCCCAGAGGUCAUCAACUGUCAUGAUCACAGCCAACACGACAGCAACAAACUGGGCUUCUCAAGAGGUGACAGGGAAACAACAGGAAGCCCUCAAAUCCACAGGAGUCCGGUUCCCAACAAGUACACCUGCAGCCUAUACCCCAAACCAGUCUUUGCAACCAGGAGUAGGGAGCCAGCCAUUUUCCCAGAGGGCAGUGGCACCCCCUAGCCAGUUAUCGCCAGCAGUGCAAAUGAGACCUAUGAACCAAAUGAAUCAGGCAUUAAAUGGGCAAACCCUGGGUUCACUCAGGGGGUUGAACCUCAGACCCAAUCAGCUGGCCGCCCAGAGCCUGUCUAAUAUGAACCCAUCAGGGACAGGAUUGAAUCAUCCCAGGACAGGCACCAACCAGCCUCCAUCCCUGACACCUAACGCUUUUCCUUCAUCCAACCAAAGUUCCAGGGCUUUUCAAGGACCUGAUCAUGGCAGUGAUUUAGCUUUUGACUUCCUCAGCCAACAGAGCGACAGCAUGUGCCCUGCCCUAAACAGUGAUGCUGAUUUCAUCGAUUCUUUAUUGAAGACAGAGCCUGGUAAUGACGACUGGAUGAAAGAUAUCAACCUUGAUGAGAUCCUGGGAAGCAAUUCCUAAGGUGGAAGGAAGAUGAUCCGCAGGCUCUGAGCAGGGCUUUUCAAGGAUACUGUAAUGCCAAACUGCUGAAGUCUGGGGGAACUACAGACCUCAAAACAGAAGGUUGGCGGGAACCACAGUGGUGAACAUUUUGUUUUACAUGCUUGUUUUAAAAAAUCUUGAGCCUGAUAGUAAAACAUUGGGAUUGUUUUUCCCUGCCUGAACUUCAGGAUAUGUAAUCCAGUUUAUCCAAACACAACUGUGAUGCUGAUGUGUAAUUAAUUGUGUAAAUUGGUCUUCCCAAGUUCCUUUUCUCAGUGAAGGAAGUACAAUAGAACUUGAGACCUGUUUCAAUCCCAUAUCAUAAUAGACAGAUGCUUGUUCUAAACAACAGGCAGCAGACUGUCAUCUAGUAGAUAAAUAUGGUUUGACUUCUCUGUUGUUAUUUGUCUUGCAGGAAAUAUUGAAAUGUUACAUGGCUGUGUGGAGUAACCUAAGAGGGAUUCAGAGAACCUAGAAGCUAUCCAGCAGAUUAAUUGAUUUCCUUCCUAGAUGCACUCCUCAUUUUUGUAACUUUCCCACGUGUUUUGUAUUUUGGUGAGAUGCUGUGUCUCAUGAUAAAACAGGAAUGCAGGGCUUGCAACCUGACUGGGGCUUCACUCCCUCCCAUUUUUUUUUUUUUUUUUUUUUUUUAGAUAACCAAGACUGGUCCUGAUUAUGCUGAAAUACCAGUGCACAACAGCCUGUAUCGAAUUUCACUUCAAAAAAAAAAAAAAAAAGUUAAGCCUUGCCAUGUAGGAAAAAAACAUGGCCACGAAUGACCAGCAGUGUUGCUCACUGUGAUUAAUAGCCACUGGUCUGUUCCCAAGCAGAAUGAAAUGGAGCCUCCUAGGUCUUGGUAGCCAGAGACUGGUUUGUAAAAAAAAAAAAAAGAAA